GAGUACAGCUUGUGCUCACACAGACCCGCCGCAGGACCCGUAUACGUACCGCACGCCCACGCAAGCACGCACGCACGCACGCACGCUCGCUCGCUCGCUCCAGAUUUGGGGACCAGCAAUUAAGUUGUGCGUCGUCGAGAAGGCAAGGAACAGGAUGAGUGUAGGCGGGGCGCGGUUCGGGGCGCGCCGCGCCCACACAGCUGAAUACGAAUCUGAAUGCCUCGACUCCACAUCUCCUAUACCGCACUACCGCCUGCAUCCCUCUCCUCAUCUCGACGAGUCCCGAGUGCCUGAACAAAGUAAACUAAAGCGACGAACAAACUCCAGCGACGAACGCGUGAUCCUUCAUCAUCACCUUGACGCCGCAUCGACAUCGCCUUCGUCGAGCGAGGACGAAGUGGUAGCCGAGCAUUCCGAGCGACGCUUCGCGAUCCAGGCGCAUAGCAGGCUUUGCAACCAGCCAGCCAACUCACCGACUUCAUUUCUUCUCAUUCCAUACUUUACCCUCCACCCUUCAUCUCGGCCUGCUCUAUCCGACACCAAAACGUCGGCUCCGAUAGCGCCUCACCGAUCAUCAUUGGUCGAGCUUCGCGCCGGAUUUCUGGUCCGCUCGGCCGCACGCAGCUCAUCGUGUGAAUACAACGUUUCGUCGAGGCCCGCAAGUCGUACUUCGUUGAAGCUCAAGCCCAUUUGGACCUUGAAAGUUCAGAGCCUACCUGUAGCGGACGUGUUGAAAAACGAUCUGUAGCAGACGGACAGCAGCACUCAAGGAGGUAGAACACAGCACCGCUUCUCUCUUCUCCUUCAUCUGCUCGCUCUUCAUCAUGCUUCCCGCACAGCGCAACAAGGUCGACAUUUCUGUGAGUAGCGGCGUAACUCGACACGUGGAGCAUCGAAUGGCUACUUGUAUCAUGUAGUACGGUUUGUGAUUGGGUCGUGAGGAAUAUCUGGGACUGAGACAAUGGCUUGGACAACUAAGAAGACACGUGCCACGACGAAUACCGGAAAGGCUGGCCAGGCUCGUCAGGGACGGGUUGUAUGCGACUGAGCACACCGUAUCACGAGCGGUGGCUUCCAGAGUGCUAGACGGAUUUGCAGGGUUAUCGCACUCUAAACGUGUGUAGGCCCGACCACCUUGCUCACCUUGAGG